AUGAGCUCAGGCAGUGGGAAUGUUGGACUGCAGUUCAUGGCUGUGGUCAGAAAUAAUUCCUGCCAGCUUAGAGUCUGGGUAGAAAAGGUGCCCCAUCCACCUCCCUUCAGCCUACGGGGGCAACCAGGAAAGGCCUGUGAUGAGACAGAAAGGGUUGAGGUUUGUGACCUUAUCCGCAUCAGCAUGUCUAUUGGUGGUGUCCCAGUUGGGCACAUGUUUAGACAGCCAUGUUGGCUCUUCCAUGUCAAAGAGGAGGGCUUUGAGGAAGUCCCAGUGACCUGUGGCAUCCUUGCUGAGAAGCAUUGGGUGAUAAACUUGAAUCCUACCCAAUCGAUCGCCAUCUAUGAGCUCCUCUUUAAGGAAGGCAUGAUGGUCACCAAAAAGGACAUCCACAUGCCCAAACACUCCGAGCUGGCGGACAAGAAUGUGUCCAACCUUCAUGUCAUGAAGGCCAUGCAGUCUCUCAAGUCUCGGAGCUACGUGAAGGAGCAGUUUGCUUGGAGACACUUCUACUGGUACCUCACGAAUGAGGGCAUCCAGUAUCUCCAAGAUUACCUGCACCUACCCCUAGAGAUCGUGCCCGCUACCCUGCACAGCAGCCAUCCUGAGACUGGCAGGCCUCGGCCCAAAGGUCCAGGGGGUGAGCAGCCUGCAAGAUUCACAAGAGGGGAGGCCGACAGAGACACCUACAGAAGGAGCGCUGUGCCACCUGGAGCUGACAAGAAAGCCGAGGGGGCUGGUUCAGCAACGGAAUUCCAGUUUAGAGGUGGCUUCGGUCGUGGGCUUGGUCAGCCACCCCAGUGA